AUGGUAUCCCUGUGUCCAACAACCCUAUCAUCCCCUUUCCACUCCAAAACCCUAAAACUCAAUUCAUAUCCGCAAAACGCUAACCACAGACCAUUUAGUCUUCUCCCUCUCUCCGCUGUCGCUUCGAGGUCUGGCUAUGAAACCGAAAGGGGUUUCGAUUUUGAAAUCGGAGACACCUUCUUCAGGCACGAAAGUGCUACCGGCCGGGAUCUCGGUGUUCUCGCUGCUGCUCUAUAUAAGAAGAAAAACGAUAACCUACGAGUUCUUGAUGCAAUGUGCGGUUGUGGAAUUCGAUCCCUGCGUUACUUAUCUGAAGCCAAAGCGGAUUUCGUGUUGGCCAACGACGCAAAUGAAGAUUGCAACGGUGUUAUAGUAUCGAAUUUAUCGACUGUUUCGAGUGAGGAGGAGGGGAGGUGGAAGGUGAUUCAUUCAGUUGCGAAUCGAGUUUUGGCGGAGAGAUAUGUGGAGAGGGAUUAUUUCGAUUUCAUUGAUGUUGAUUCGUUUGGGAGUGAUUCCAGUUUCUUCAGGUGUGCAUUUGAUGUUGUUAAGCUUGGUGGAUUGCUUUACGUUACAUCAACCGACGGGUUCUCUUCCGGUGGCCAUCGUCCUAAUCAUUCUUUAGCUGCUUAUGGAGCGUAUAUUAGGCCAUUGCCAUACUCAAAUGAAAUCGGGUUGCGGAUGCUAAUAGGAGGAGCAGUGCGGGAGGCUUCUGUUUUGGGUUAUCAUGUGACGCCACUUUUCUCAUAUUACUCAUACCAUGGGCCUGUCUUCAGAGUUUUGCUACGUGUAAACCGAGGAAAUUCACCCCAUGGCAUGCAUUAUGGGUUUAUCUGCUACUGUGAUUGUUGUGGAAACUCUCAAGCUAUUUCAUGGGACAAGCUUGGUCAGAUAAAGUGUCCUUGUGGAUCAGAUGUCCCUGAUUCACUGGUUGUUUGCGGGCCACUUUGGACAGGGCCUCUUCAUUGUGCAGAGUAUCUUGCAGAAAUGCUUAGUUUGGCAGGAGAAUGGGGAUGGGUGGGCAAUGACACCAUAAAUGAUCUUGAUAAGCUGUUGAAACGGAUGAUUGAUGAAAGUAAUCCCGAUUUAUCAUUUGGUUUCAUCAAACUUGAUGAGAUAGCAAGUCGUGCUAAGGUCAAUUCUCCUCCUAUUGUGACAGUAAUGAAUGCCAUUCACCAGGAGGGAUAUGGUGUUAGUAGAUCCCCACAUUUCCAAUAAUGCAAUCAAGACAAAUUGUC